GAGCCUUCGAGUGGAUUUGCCCGGGAAGGGGAGAUGUUCAGAUCCGGUACUGCGGAGGACAAACAGCACGUGCGUCAAACGACGUUGUUUCCCCCGUUGCCGAGGCGCCUCCUGGUGCCCAAAAGGUGUCUGCGCACUUUCCAAGAUGACAACACCACCUGCCAAGCAACUUCCCCCGCCCCCCACAGUCAUGGGUCCUAACCCGAGUCAUGAAGCUGCGGACUCGAAACCCAAAGGGAAAGCGGCAGGUCAAGUCAAGUCAACUUUUCUCAGUCUGCGCGAGGCUCAAGCCGUCCUGACGAAGAAGAUGGCGGCGGGAAGAAAAGACAAAAUGGCUGCCGUCUUGCAGAAACAUAUCGAGAAGGAGAAGAAAAGACUCAACGCCCGCACCUCGUCUUCUCGCCUGGGCAGCAGACGCGUGCCCUUGGUCGUGUGUCGUCUGCUGUGUAAGAACGGAGGCGUGUGCCUGCUGAAGGAUCGAUGCCUGUGCCCCUCAAACUUUACCGGAAAGUUCUGCCAGAUCCCGGUCACGUCGCAACCCUCCUCGCAAGUCCCGCCCUCCUCCUCCUCGUCCAAUGAGAUCGUCAAGCCUCCCCGCCUGUCCGUCAAUGCCGAUCUGACCCGAUCUGAGUUCCUGUUGCCGCUGGGAGGGCACAACCAGGAUAUUCCAGCCAGUGGAGCGUCCAUGGUGAAGGUCAGAGUGCAGCACCCUCCCGAGGCGAGCGUCAAGGUCCACCAGGUGAUGAAGGUUUCCGGAUUCAUGCCUGCCCCGCAAGCGCUCUCGUCCGCGACGCUCUCUGGGUCGGCAGGGGCUCCGGCGCCCCAGACGCUCAGAACUGACGCCAUCUCCGCCCGACACACCGGCUUCAAGUAUUGCUUCAGGGAGGUCAAAGAUGGACAGUGUAAUUCUCCUCUGCCCGGCCUGAGGAGCAAAGAGAUGUGCUGCCGAGGUCCGGGCAAGGCCUGGGGCACCGGGGACUGUGAGCUCUGCCCCCCGCGUGCAGGUCCAAACAACAGCAGCUGUCCGGUUGGCUUCCGACCCAGCAACGAAAGCAAAUGCAUCGAUGUGAACGAGUGCCAGCAGUCGGGGCUUUGUGAGAACGGUCUUUGCGUGAACACGGUGGGGAGCUAUAGUUGCGUUUGCAAGCAGGGUUUCAUCCUGGACGCCUCGCAUGGACUUUGCAUCUCCCACACUGUGAUAUCGGAGACGAAGGGUCAGUGCCAUCGGGUUCUGGGUUCAGGUCUAGGCCCGUCCUCCUGCUCGCUGCCCAUCCUCCGAAAUAUCACCAAGCAGAUCUGCUGCUGCAGCCGAGUGGGCAAGGCCUGGGGGCCCGAAUGCCAGCGCUGCCCUUACUUCGGCUCCGCUGCUUUCAAGGAGAUCUGUCCCGCCGGUCCUGGCUAUCACUACUCCGCCUCCGCCUUGCAAUUUAGCCAGAGAGCUGCAGAUCAUCUGGGCACCCACGGGGCUCAGCUUAUAACCAAUGGUGACCACCAGGGCACUUCUUCUAGUGGAGCCAUAGGGUCUAAGCAGAAAAGCCGACCUAGUCCACCUCCACAUCGCCUGGCUAUCAGCCCCCCACCAGCGAGACCCGUGAACCCUGCAAGCACCGCCGGGCGCAAACCUCAACCUCCAGACACUCUUGCCGUUCGGCCAAGACCAACCGUGUCGCCUGUGAGACUGCCGCCACAGUCCCGUGGGAGUCAAGAUACAGGCCACGUCCAAGGAACAGUUAAGAGUCAGGGUAUGAGUCACAAUCAAGUUACAAGCAGUGGCCAAGACACCAACCAGAACCUAGGCACUAUUAGUAACCAAGGAUCAAGUAACACCCAAGGAACCAGUCAGAAUCAAUAUACGAGGAGAAACCAAGGCUCGAGUCAGAAACAAGACACUAGCAGGAGCCAAGGAACAAGCCAGAACCAGGGAAGCGUUCAAGACCAAGGUACAAACAGAAACCAAGGAUCAACUCAGAAACAAGACACUAGCAGGAGCCAAGACACCAACCAGAAUCAAGGCUCUAUCAGGAACCAAGGAUCAAGUCAGAACCAAGGUACAAACAGAAACCAAGGCUCGAGUCAGAAACAAGACACUAGCAGAAGCCAAGGAUUAAGUCAGAACCAGGGAAGCGUUCAUAACCAAGGUACAAACAGGAACCAAGGCUUGAGUCAGAAACAAGACACUGGCAAGAGUCAAGGAUCAAGUCAGAACCAAGGAAUUCGCCACACCCAGGGUACUGGAAGCAGCCAAGGUUCAAAUCAGAACCAAGAAGCUAGCAGGACUCAAAACAUCAUUCAAAACCAAGGAACUACCAGGAACCAAGUCUCAAUUCAAAACCAAGGAACUAGUCACAAUCAAGGAACCAGCCAAAAACAAGGUGUUACAAGGAGUCAGAACCAAGGUACAAACAGGAACCACGGCUCGAAUCAGAACCAAGACACUAGCAGGACUCAAAGCACCACCCAAAACCAAGGAUCUACCCACCAAGCCUCAAUUCAAAACCAAGGAACUAGUCAAAACCAGGGAACCAGACAGAACCAAGGUACGAACAGGAACCAAGGCUCGAGUCAAAAACAAGACACUAGCAAGAGCCAGGGAUCAAGUCAGAACCAAGGAAUUAGCCACGUCCAAGGUACUGCAAGCAGCAAAGGGUCAAUUCAGAACCAAGACACUCUCAGGAUUCAAAGCACCAUCCAAAACCAAGGAAUUACCAAGAACCAAUUCCUAAAUCAAAAUCAAGGAACCAGCCAGAACCUAGGAACCACCAGAAGCCAAAGCUCAAGCUUUAACCAAGGCACCAGCAGAGACCAAAGCACUGCUCAAAACAGUACCAGGAACCAAAGCACCAGUCAGAUCCGAAAGAUUAGUACGGACCAAACCACCGGCGGGAGCCAAAGUACUACCAGAAGCCAGGCCACCAAUCGGAACCAAGGUACAAGUGGGAGCCAAGUUCCUUCCCGGAACCCAGGACUAACCGGGAGUCAAGAUGCAGAUGAGUGCGUUGCAUCUCCAGGUUUGUGUGCUCCAGGCGAGUGUGUGAAGAGUCCAGGUGGCUACCGAUGUCUUUGUCCGCCCGGAUACAAGACUGAUGCCCGGAAAACCAGCUGUCAAGACGUAGACGAGUGCGAGGAUCCCCUGGUGUGUCCCGGUGAGGAGUGUGUCAACGGUCUGGGUUCAUAUCGAUGCGUCUCAUGUCGCCCGGGAUUCGGACUUCUGAACGGACGGUGCGCAGACAUUGAUGAGUGCAUCCGAGCGCUGUGCUCCAACGGGCGCUGCGAAAACACGCCCGGAAGCUUCCGGUGCAUCUGUCGUCACGGUUACAAACUCCGGAACAACACCUGUGCAGAUGUGGACGAGUGCGCCGAUCCGUCCCAGUGUCCCGGACAGAUGUGCGUCAAUUCGGCGGGCUCGUAUCGUUGUGUUUCCUGUCGCCCUGGAUACGUGCUGAGCAACAAACAGUGCACAGAUAUCAACGAAUGCGAGGAUGCCACAUUGUGUCCUGGUGGCCAGUGCGUCAACACCAAAGGCUCCUACAAGUGUGUGGACUGCCGCCAAGGCUACCGAGCCAUGAACGGAGCGUGUGAAGACGUGGACGAGUGCGCGAACGCUUCCGCCUGCGAGGCCGAGCACGUGUGCGUCAACACGGUGGGCUCGUUCCGAUGCGACUGCCCGCCCGGGUAUCGAACCUUCGGACGGGGGAGACCGUGCAGAGACAUUGACGAGUGUUUGGAGGAGAACUGGUGCCCCCCUGUGGGCGAGUGCGUAAACACGCCAGGCUCCUUUCAGUGCGUCUGUCCUCAAGGAUAUACGCUCAGCGAUAAUGGUAGCGACAACAAAACGUGCGACGACACGAACGAGUGCGCCGACGGGUCGGUCUGCGGCCGGCACGCCGUCUGCCAGAACCUCGUCGGGACGUACGAGUGCGUGUGCGACCGAGGCUUCGUUUCCGCGCCGGAUGGGAAGUUCUGCGUGGACGAAGACGAGUGCGAGUCCAUGCCGGGCGUUUGCGGUUCGGCUCGCUGCGACAACCUGGAAGGAACCUUCAUGUGCGAAUGCGACACACCGGAGGAAUACUUUGAAACCGACGCCAGACGAUGUGUCAGAGCGUUGCCACCAGGUGGGAAUUUCCCCGUUCACUCUUCCUCAUCCUCCUUCCACGCGGGCGUGUUAGACGUGGUGCCGGCUUCGUCCCCCCUCCCGACGUCCCGCCCGGGCGGAUUCGCCGAGUGCUAUUACAACCUGGAGUCGUCGUGCAGUCUCCUGGCCGCCAACACCAGCUGGCAGGAGUGCUGCUGCACUCUGGGGGAGGGCUGGGGCCUGGGCUGCAGGUACCAGGCCUGCCCCCCUGCCCACACAGCGGACUUCCUGGCGCUGUGUCCCAGCGGGAGAGGAUAUGUGACCGUCGGGGAGGCGGCUUUCAGUUAUACAGAUGUGGACGAGUGCAAGCGCUUCCAUCCGGAGGUGUGCAAGAACGGCGUGUGCGUCAACAUCAUUCCCGGAUACAACUGUUACUGCUCCAGCGGAUUCGUUUACGACGCCGCGCUGCUCGAGUGUGUCGACCUGGACGAGUGCGAGCUGGAGAGUUGCGAGGGCGGCUCCUGCGUCAACACCUUGGGUUCUUACUACUGCAGCUGCCCGCCGCCUCUGCUUCUGGACGACACGCAGCAAAACUGCGUCAACGCGUCGCAUCUCAACCUGGACGAGAACUUGUCCGUGUGCUGGCAGUCGGUGAGCGCCGAGUUGAUGUGUCAGAGCCCCCUGCUGGGCGCGCGAAUCACCUUUACCGACUGCUGCUGCCUCUACGGCCAAGGCUGGGGGAUGGAGUGCGCACUCUGCCCAGAAAUGGACACGGAGGACUUUAGCCGGCUGUGCAGCUCCUUCCCUCCGGACGUCUUCCCGGAUUCGCUCGGACCAGGAAGAAGCACGGGACCGCCUUUGUACCCUCCGUUCAGCAGCGAGACCUUCCCGCCGGACUACGAAGACUAUUCUCCUCGGGCGGCGCCGGACGACGUCCCCCGAGGACGCCCGCGCUUUGACGUGGGUUAUUACACGGAGAGAGACUACGAGGGGCCGGCGCCGUUCCCCCGCCCGCCCGCCGACCGGAGACGGGGGUUCGGAGGCGGAGCGCCGCCCGAAGUCUCUCGGCCUGACGCGCCCGGUCUGAGUUUGGCGCCUCUUCCGGGAGGACCUCCUUACGACGAGAGCGAGGAGGAGGAUUCUUGGGGACCCGGGCCACCCUUCCCUCCUUACACGGGAGGCCGUCCCACCAGACUUUAUGAACGUCGCUACGACGCGUACGCCGGCCUGAGCGCCGCCGAGGAUUGCGGGAUUCUGGACGGAUGCGAGAACGGGACGUGCAUCCGCGUGGACGAGGGCUACACCUGCGACUGUUACCACGGUUACCGGCUGGACGCCGCCACCAUGACGUGCAUCGACAUUAACGAGUGCGAGGGUGGCGCCGAUGUGGACUUCCCGUGCGUCAACGCGCGCUGCGUCAACACGGACGGCUCCUUCCGAUGCGUUUGCCAACGUGGCUACGUCAUGUCGCGGAGGCCGAACCGCUGCGUCCCCGCCUAGACCGGACGGAACCGGUCAAACGCGGACUGAUCAAGCUGAAGGACUGAAAUAUAGUGUUAGCAGCUGUGUUAGCUCAGUUUAGACGCUACUCGAAGCAGUGUUAGCUUUAGUUAGCGUCGUUCACCUUUGCUAAAUGUAAACUAUUUUCACUACAAAUACACGGUUGAUUUAAAUAUAUAUAUUUUUUUGUAAUAUAGCAAACGAGUUUACCGGGUGUAUGUGUUUCAAAAUAUGGACAAAAAAAAAAAAUCAUGAAAACACGAGUCUGCUGCUUUAUUUAAUUAAAUCAAUAUACAGGACUUUUAUUUUGAAGGGUAUUGUUAUAAUGUUGUUUUUGGAGGUUUUGCUAUUUCGCAUGUUUUUUUUU